GUUACACUACGCAUGCGCAGUUGGAAAAAUGCCGAUGUGGCUGCUGCGGUAUUAAACUUUUGUUUCUCCCGCAGCUUUUAACAACAAACUGUUGCAAUGAAACUUUUUAUACUGGUUUUCCUUUGUGUCUGCUGUUCAUUUGCAGCGGACGAAGACGAGAGACUGCCGAAUAAAUGCGAAGUGUGUAAGUUCCUGUCCGUGGAGCUGCAGGAGGCUCUGGACAAAACUGGUCGCUCCAAAGAAGUGCUGGAGGUUGGAGAAGUGCUGGACACAGGGAGGAGGAGGAGAAAGAUCAAAUACAACACCUCGGAAACUCGACUGACUGAGGCGGUGGACAACAUAUGUGAACGCAUCCUGCAGUAUAGUGUUCAUGCAGAGAGACCAGGCAGCCUCCGAUACGCCAAGGGUGCCAGUCAGACCAUGACCACUCUGAAGAACCUGGUCCACAAAGGAGUUAAAGUGGAUUUGGGUCUGCCGUUUGAGCUGUGGGACGAACCCUCUGUGGAAGUGUCCGACAUGAAAAAGCAGUGUGAGACGAUGCUGGAGCAGUAUGAGGAGGUUGUGGAGGACUGGUACUUCCAUCAUCAGGACCAAAGGCUGGAGAACUUCCUCUGUGAGAACCACGUCCUCAAGACAUCAGAGCGAGAAUGUAUGGAGGAGGUGUGGAAAGGAGACUUGGCGACCGAAGGAGGUGCCAAGGAGGCAGAAGGCGACAGCACAGACGAGGAGGGAGCCAAUGAGAAGGAGGCAAAGACGCACGACGCUGCGGAGCUAUGAGGAAAAACAAAAGGGAAAUGCAGAAUACAAUAAAAUAACCUCAUUUUUUUAGCUUUCGAUGGGCAAACUGCAAAGAAAUGAUGAACUGUGACACAAUCCGAUUCUGGCUGGAUGUGACAUACGUUCGACUAGCACUAUUUCUGGUGCCAAAUAUUUGUUAAAACCUUUAGUAGAGUUUACAUUUGGAGUUAUAAUAGUGUCAAAUGAUGGUUUUAUAGACUUUAACACUACAUUUCUCCUGUUUUUAUAUGAAUGUCAGCCUUUUAAGAACUUUUGCACCUUUUUUUUUAAAACACUCUUACCAUGAAUAUUAGAGACCUUUCCAGUUUUAUAUUUUGUGUAAACGCUGUUACAUCUCUCCUCAUGCCAACACUACAUGGUACAUAUCAGUAUUUUUUACCCCAGUUUGCAGUCUUUAAAUGCAAUAUGUACAGUUUUUCCAUUGAGAAUAAAAUACUUUUUAUAACA